AUGGGACGUCCGGCCUUGCGCGAUAUGACCAACGACCCCGGACCUCAUGGGGCCCCGCGGAAGCGCAAGAUGAUGGUGGAUAUGGGCAAGGAGCGUCCCGUGAUGGAGCAUGGAAUGGCCUCGAAGGAAGCGCGAAAGAAGCUCCAUGGGAUCGGCCCUGCCAAACCCGCUCCAAGCAACGAGACGAGCAGCAACGCGUUCUUCCUGCGGCUCCUCAUGGAGACCCCCGCGGUGCGGGAAGCUAGCUUGCGCAAGAUGCCUCUGCACCGCCGGACGAAGAAGUCGCGCAGUCGAUUGAGUCUCGUCCAUGGCGACGAGCGCCGCCGACUUCCCUUUGAGGAUGUAAGCGACGACGAUGGUUCGUCGGCAGGCUCGUCGGUCAUACAAGGGAUUCCAUCCACGAGCAGCAUGAACAUCAGCGCAUCGUUGCACUCGGCCGUUCACUCGACCCUCAACCUCUCGCUCGACGACCUCUCCAUGCCAGAGCUCAUCCCACACGGACGCCCUGCACGUACGUCUCCACAGUCGAUUCAAGAAGAGGAAAUGCAGCCGACGUAG